AUGGAAACUAGGCCCAGCAACGGUCUUAGCAGCCGAAAGGAGUGUGAAACUCACCCGCAGGGAUUGCUGGUGUUCACCGGCUCUUCGGAUCGCGAUGCCAACUUGGCCAAGCAGUUCUGGAUCGGGGCAUCAAUGUAUCCCCCUAACGAAUCUCAGCUGGUGCUGUCCAGAGGUAGCAGUCAGCGUCUGCGGGUGGCGCGGCCCUCGAAGGGCAGUGCGCUUGAGAGAAGAGAUGUCACUGCUGAAACCCUGAAGAUUCAGGAAUCUGAGGAGAAAAAAAAGUAUCUCCAAAAGGCUAAAAAGAGAGAUGAGAUUAUCCAACUCUUAAAAAAACAAAGAGAAGAAAGGAUCUCGAAAGAACUGGUUUCCCUUCCUUAUAAACCAAAAGCCAAAGUACACAAAGCAAAGAAAGUGAUUUCAGAGUCAGAUAAAGAAGACCAAGAAGAAGUCAAAGCCUUGGACUAAUUUGAUUGACACGUGGGAGAGGAUGGCUCACUUAGAUCUUCACUUUUGAAACAACCUGCUCUUACAUCAGGAUCAUUGGAAUCAGUUAAAUUAGACAAAGAAAUAAAAGUUAAAUAUGCAGCACUUCUAGGAAUUUUACCAG